AUGGGUGUCACCGGCCUCUGGACUAUCGUUCAACCAUGCGCUCGCCCAACUCCUCUCCCAGCCCUAAAUCGUAAACGUCUCGCCGUUGACGCCUCAAUUUGGAUCUACCAAUUCCUGAAAGCUGUGCGCGAUAAAGAAGGAAACGCGCUUCGAAAUUCGCAUAUCGUUGGAUUCUUUCGGAGGAUUUGCAAGUUAUUGUUUCAUGGGAUAAAACCAGUCUUCGUGUUUGAUGGUGGCGCACCGAUAUUAAAACGACAAACGGUUUUGGGUAGGAAGAGGAGGAGAGAGGGGAGACGAGAAGAUGCUGUUAGGACGGCGGGGAGGUUGCUGGGGAUUCAAAUGAAGAAAAGGGCGGAGGAAGAGGAUAUUGAGAGGAAGAGGAUGGAAAGGGAGGGGAGAAGUAGGCCGGUGGUUGAGGAAGAAGAGGUUGUUCUGGAGGAACAAUUGGCAUAUGUGGAUGAGAUAGGGAUGUCAGCGCAAGAGCGACAAAGGACACGGAAAUUUCACAAGAAAGACGCAUAUCAUUUACCGGAACUCACAAAUGGAAUAGAGGGGAUGGGACGACCGGAAGAUCCGAGAAUUAUGAGUGCAGAGGAAUUGGAGGAAUAUGCAAGACAAUUUAAUAGUGGGGAGGAUGUGAAUUUGUAUGAUUUCAGCAAGAUAGAUUUUAAUGGGGAGUUUUUUAAGAGUUUGCCAGCGGGGGAUCGGUACAAUAUUUUGAAUGCGGCGAGGUUGAGGAGUAGAUUGAGGAUGGGGUUGAGUAAGGAACAAUUGGAAGAGAUGUUUCCGGAUCGCAUGGCUUUCUCGAGAUUUCAGAUUGAGAGGGUUAGGGAGAGGAAUGAUUUGACGCAGAGACUGAUGAAUUUGAAUGGAAUGAAUUCGGAAGAGCAUAUGUUUGGGGUUAGUGGAACGGGGAGGAUUGCGGGAGAGAGUGGCCGGGAAUAUGUCUUGGUUAAAAAUGAUGGGGUUGAGGGGGGUUGGGCUUUGGGUGUGGUUUCGUUGGAGAAGGGUGUGGGGGAUAGGAAUAAACCGAUUGAUGUGGAUGAUUAUGAUCAGAAGAGGAAUAAGCUCGCUUUGGUAUCUGAAUCUGAGGAAGAGGAUGAUUUCGAAGAUGUUCCUGUUGAGGGCUUGAAUCGAUUGCCGAAAGUCAGAGAUGAUGGAAGAAAUAUGACUUAUAGCGAUUUUCAGGCAAGAGAAAUAGCCGAAAGGAGAAAGGAGUACAGCGAUUCGAAAAGAAAACCAAGUUCGAGGCCAGUCAGAAUACCAUCGGAAGAUCCUGAUUCCCUAUUCGUGGAUGAUGAGGGUGGGCAACCGGGACCGAGCACGAUGAACGCCAAUCAUGACGACGAUGAUGAUGAUAUUAACCGUGCGAUUGCAAUGUCUCUGCAGCAGGAUCAGAUCCCCGAUGAUGAACUUGACGAGGAAGACCAUCUGAAUCGAGCGAUCGAAUUGUCACUUCAAAAAGGUCAUGGCCCAGAAGAAGAAGAGGGGGAUGAAGAUGAUCCAUUCGAGGAUGUUCCAAUGCCAGAUUAUGAGCAACGGGCAGUGGAAGAUGUUAGACCUCUUACCAAAUCGAGUGGGAAGAUGAUCGCUCAUAUUGUUAACAAUAGAGCCAACGCUGCUGUGCCGAACCGGAAAGAGGAGAGCGAAAGGGCGGAAAGUGACAGCGAUAGCGAUAGCGAUAUGGAUUUCCAGGCUGCUUUGAGAAAGGCGAGAAAGCAAAAAGCACCGGAAAAGGUUCAUCAGGCAGCGCCAGUCGCUGCGAAUGAAAAAAAUCCGUUUGAUGGUCCUCUGCCGUUUGAGAGACUUCAAUUUAAAUCAUCUCUUUUUGGUAAAAAGAAGCAGCCAGAGAAAUCUAUAGAAGACAUUCAAGCAGAGGAUGAAGAGGAACUUGCUGGUGUCUUCGAAGCGGAAGAUGAAAAAGAUAAAGCAAAGCCAUUACCUCCUUGGUUAAUCGGUAAUGAUGAUAUCAGAUCGCAAGUUCAGCAGCAGCGCAAAACAGAUCAAGAAUUAAAUGCGAGAAAUCGCGAAAGAGCCGAGGAGGAUGAAAGGAUCUUUCAACGCGAUCAUGGAGUUAUUCAAGUUGAUUCUGACGAUGAUUAUGGUAAUAAUGAUAAUGAUAGCGAUGUCGAAGUUCUGGAUAAAGCUCCCACGCCAAAAGUUAGGAAAGAAAGCAUGGAUGAUUUGGCAGAAGUCAUUAGAGCUGAACCGCCGCAGUCUGAUAUUCCUCAGGAUAGACAGCUCCCGGUCGAACCUCAUGCAGAUGAUACGAUUGAAUUUCUACAAGAUUCUGAUGAGCCGGUUGAAUGGUCAGAGAGUGAUUAUGGGGACGUCGUUCCUAAGUCUCAGAAGACUGCAGAUGCUAGUAAUGCUGCUGGAAGGAGUAUAGAAAGGGGUUCUCUGACAUCAAAAUCACCAUCUCCUAUCUUCGAAGAUGUAGAUCUUCCUGAUGUCCAAGCAACCGAGCCUACACAACCAUCGACUUUUACAAGGAAGAGUCCAUCACAAGAAUUUGAAGAUGUCGAAAUGGCCGCUCCUACAUCUGCAUCCCCAUUUAGGCAAAUUGAACCUCCCCAGUUACCUAUCGACGACGCAUAUGACCGUCAAGAAGCCGAGGCCAUUCCCGAUGAAUUCGACUUCAGUGAUCCAGAAGAAGAAGAACUCAUGACCCAACUCGCCAUCGAAGCAGAAGAACAUGCUCGAUUCGCCAGUACCCUAAACCACAAAUCCGAAAAAGAAAACCAAGACUCAUACGAGCAAGAACUCAAAGCCUUACGAAGUCAACAGAAAAAAGAUCGCAGAGAUGCUGAUGAAGUAUCACAUAUCAUGAUCACGGAAUGUCAAGCUCUCCUUCGUCUCUUUGGUAUUCCCUAUAUCACCGCACCCAUGGAAGCAGAAGCCCAAUGUGCCGAAUUGGUACGUCUGGGCCUUGUGGAUGGUAUAGUGACAGAUGAUUCGGAUAUUUUCCUUUUCGGUGGGACACGCGUGUAUAAGAAUCUAUUCAAUAGCAAUAAACUCGUCGAAUGUUAUCUCUCAUCCGAUCUCGAAAAGGAACUUUCUCUAUCCAGAGAUCAACUUAUCUCAGUAGCUCAUUUACUGGGCUCGGAUUAUACAGAAGGGAUCCCAGGUAUCGGACCCGUCACCGCUGUAGAAAUCCUCUCUGAAUUCCCCUCUCAAACCGGUCUCGAAGAAUUUAAAGAAUGGUGGUCCGAUAUUCAAAACCCUCUCAUCAGUAAUACCCUCGCAAGCGAACCUACACUGUUCCGCAAGAAAUUCCGUCGCUCACAAGCUACGAAGAUUUUCCUACCUCCAGCAUUCCCCAGCGCAGCAGUCACUGAAGCAUAUCUCAAACCAGACGUAGACCACACAGCCGAAGCUUUCCAAUGGGGAGUCCCCGAUCUAGGACAGCUGAGAGAAUUUCUAAUGGGCACAGUGGGGUGGAGUCAGGAGCGCGUGGAUGAGAUUCUGGUGCCAGUUAUUCGGGACAUGAAUCGGCGGGAGACAGAGGGGACCCAGAGUAAUAUCACGAGGUAUUUUGAGGGUGGUGUAGGGGUUGGGGGAAUGGGAAUAGAAAGUGGAGGAGAUGGAAAGGAUAGGGGAGGUAGUAAGAGAAUGAGGGAGGCGGUGGGGAAAUUGAAGGCGAAGAAAAAAGUUAGUACGAAUCCGUUGGUGAGCGGUGUUACGUUUGCGGAUCAUGCGAGGGAGUGGGCGAGGAAGAAUGAUGCGAGUAUUGAGGCGCAGGAGAGGAAGGAGGAGGCGCGUAAGAAGGGGAAGGACAAUGGGAAGGGAAAGGGGAAGGGAAAGGGCAAGAAGAGAAGUUUGGAGGAGGUGAAUGGAGAUGCGGAUGCGGAUGAAAAUGAAGUACUCCCAGAAAAGGAAAAGGAAACGGAAAAUGAAGUAGCUGGCGAAGAUGAUAAAGAAUCUGUGAUAUCUACGGGUACAUCCAAAGCAUUGGCUUCUGAAAAAGGGAGUGGCGAGGGAAAAGGCGCUAAGCGGAAAAAGACCACGAGUUAG